UCACGUGAUUCGCAGAAGGGGGGAGUAAAUGUGAGAUGUGUUCUGAGCCGAGUUGCAGUCCUAUGCCUGCAUUCCUCACAUCAAGGAUUUCGCUUGCAAGAAUAUAGGCCUAUAUAUCAUAAAUAAUAACACGGACACCGAGUGGAAUACAGCUCCCUUCGUUUUAUUUCCAAAGGAUUUUAACUCCGGAAGAACUACCCUGGACUGACCAAGCGAAGUCGUCUGUCGAUCUACAUUUUCUGGGAAUAUAGCUGAAUUGAGAGCAUACAAAUGAGGUAGAGAAAAUAAAUAGCCUAGAUACGUCGUUUUAUCCGCUUUAAACGAGGAAAACAAGAUGGCUGAUGACAGCAAGCGACAACAAGGUUAAAACGACAUCGUCCCCUUUAAGAACUAGAAAGCCUGCUUUGAUAUAUACACAUUUUAAGCUCCCCAGCUGAAGAGAGUACAUGCAUGACAUUACGUUGCUGGCUAUUGUUAAUUGAAAACGAUUACAAAUCUCUUCAGUCCGGGGACCAGUGGACCGUCGACAUGGCAAGAAUUAGUGUUUCGGAAAUUUCUUACAUCGCAAAUGAGGGCAGAUAGUUAAGAGCGAAAUAAAGAUAGCGAGGUAAGGUGAGCGCGAUCUGCUUCAAGAGGGCGAAAAUAGAAAACUAGUAUCUAUACGAAACCCUUUUAACUCCAGAUUUACCCAUAGGAUCUAGUCUACGUGUGGUUUACGCCUGUAACGUUAGCCUAAUCCACUUUGUUCUUGUUUUCCCAAGUGACUUCCUUGUAUUUUCUCAAAUAUAAAAUAAAUAGGCUUUAUUUAAACCAUAGAACGCACUUUCAAGCAUAAGGUGUACGGCGAUGUAUUAACCAUUGUGAUAAGUAGAAGUGAGGGUAAAGGUUAAGAUGCCUUGAGAAAAACACAGAUUUAUUCGCGAUUUUAAGUGUUUUGUGGGUUACAAAGCAAUCUGCCCACUGAAAGCUAGCCCAUUAGGUACAGGAACGCAGUGAAGACCAAUCGUAUUCGGGAUCAGUCAGACGAAAGGUAUACUUUUAAAGUCACUUUUAUACGCUGGGAAGAUACCUUUACCCAGAAUGACGUCAGAGAUAAGGGAAUACAGGUUUUUAUAUCAAUAGAGUCUCUCGCCAUUAAUUUUUGAGAACUGACUAUGCAUUUUGUCAACUUAUAUACACUGGGUUUCUUCUAUCAUAGUAAGACAUCAGAACACUGGGGACUCAUCAGUAUUUUCCACAUAUAGCCAAGAAAAAUGAUGGCAUCGUGAUAAACGUCUCAGAAGACCUAGCUCUGAAAAAUAAUCACAUCCCAGUGUAGUCUUUUAGAAUUGAUUUUGUAUAGUACAGCGUGGCGACGAAUAUGUGACGAGAGACUGCUGGUACAAUUCCUUAAUAGAAUGGAAGGAACUGUAGCAGUUUGACAGAUGUGGCCAUUUUUUAUCACAACCUAGUCGCCAGAAUGCAAAUAAAGGGCAACGAAGUUGGUCAGGUUAGUAUACUUAGACGUUCAAGGCAUUACUAUAGCUUUUCAACCAAAUCGACGUACUAGCACUGCAAUAACAGAGACUACGCAAUUGGAUUGUAAAACCUGAUUCUAGCUCGCUCCUGCGGAAUUAGAUUGCUGUCAACUUUUUGUGAUAAGAGUGGAAGGGACGCCAGUCUGGUUGUUUAUGGAAUCAGUUGUUUACACAUACUUGUGUGUCUGUGUGGUUUCACAAGCCACAUACACUACCUUCGCGAUUUUUAGGAGAAACAUGCACAACUGAACCACUUCUUCCGAACAAGACAUUCAGAAGUGUUUCAAUAGGAGCUAGCCAAAUUGUUCUCUGUGACUCAACUCACCACUGAAUCCGCCAUCAUGGCGGAGAACUGGAAAAACUGCUUCGAGGAGGAACUUAUUUGUCCCAUCUGUUUGCAUGUAUUCGUGGAACCUAUACAGCUGCCUUGUAAACACAACUUUUGCCGGGGAUGCAUAAGUGAGGCCUGGGCCAAAGACACGGGUAUGGUGAGGUGCCCGGAAUGCAACCACGCCUACAAUCAGAAGCCAAAUCUGGAGAAAAACAUCAAACUGACGAACAUUGUGGAGAAGUUCAACGCACUUAAUGUUGACAAAACUCCAGCGAUACUUCAGUGUAUCCUAUGUCGGCGAGGACCGCCUCUUCCUGCACAGAAAGUUUGUCUCCGCUGCAACGCACCUUGCUGCCAGUCCCACGUCCAGACGCAUCUCCAACAGCCCUCUCCCAAUCCCGGGCAUUUGUUAGUUGAGGCCGAGGAUGUGCAGGCCUGGAGCUGCCCUCAACACGAUGAAUACAGACUCUACCACUGCGAGGUAGAACAGGUGGCCGUCUGCCAGUAUUGCUGCUUCUCCAGAUGCGCUCCCAACCAUGGACAUGCCGUAUGCGACGUGGAAGUUCGUCGCAAUGACAUACGGCAUGUUUUGCUGAAGCAACAGGACCGCAUCGAGGAGAGAGUGCAGGACAUUGAGGAGCAGCUCUACAAGUUGGAAUCUGACAAACGGCUAGUGGAGGACAAGGUGCAGCAGCUGAAGGAGGAGGUCCGGCUGCAGUACCAGAAGAUGCACCAGCUCCUGGAUGAGGACCUGACCAAGAGCCUGGAGGUGCUGGACAAGGCCAAGUCCAAGUUCGUGCAGGAGAACUCCAGCCAGUGCCUGCAGCUCACUGGCCGGCGCCAGGAGGCCAAGAAGCUGCUAAGCUCCGUGCAGACCGUCUUCGACAAGGCCGACGACAUCAACUUCAUGAAGAACACCAAACCUGUCAAGAUACUAAUGGACAGAACUCAGUCAUGCAUAGGCAAUAGCCUGCCCCCUCAUAAAGUUGGCCAUCUGAACUCCAAAAUCUUCCUCUCAGAGAUCUCCAAGAAGGAGAAAAACCUACGGAAAAUGCUGGAAGCUCCAUUCAGUGCCCCGAGCCACUUCCUGCAGUGUGUGUACCCCUGCAGCCUGAGCAGCUCCGGGUCGGAGAAGCGCAAGCACUCCACCGCCUUCCCUCCAGAGAGCUCGUCCGGGGCCACCGCCUUCCUGGCCGACUCAUCCUCUUCCUCCUCAACCUCGGGGCCCCUGAGUAAGCAGCAGUUCCUCGUCCAGAGUCCCAGUGGCGGAGGCGGCGGUGAGGGCCAGUCCUCCCAGCAGCCCCCAACCAUGCAGGGCCCCUGCGGGUCGGCCGCGGCUGCAGCGGCUGCCCAGCACUCAGCCUCUGUCUUCCCGCCCCCGCCACACCCCUACCCCCCGGCGGGCAGCUCCUCGCAGCAGCCCUUGCUGCCCCAGUACGGCGGCCGCAAGAUCCUCAUGUGCACCAUGGACAACUGCUACUGCUCCAGUGUGCCCUCCGUGUCCAGGCACCGUGCCCACCCGCCCUACCCACGCUCUGGCUCUUUCCCCUGGGCAGUGGGCUCGCAGGAGUACCCCCACGCCCUGCCCUCGGGGCCACCCAUGUCCCAGCCACUCCAGGGCCUGUCCAUGCGGGACUGGAUGGAUGCCUCGCAGACGCACAGACACCCCGACUUCUACGGCCUGUACGGCCAGUCAUCCGCCAAGCACUACGUCACAAGCUAACCCCUUAUCCUGCUCACUCGCCUGCGCACACACGCACACACACACACAUACAUACAUACAUACAUACACACAUGCAUACAUACAUACACACAUGCAUACAUACAUACAUACAUGCAUACACACACACACACACACACACAUAUACAUAUACACACACACACACUCUCUCCAGGGUCAGGACAUUAUAAGGGUUUAUUUGUUUUGUUGUUUUUGGUGUCUUGGUGUCUAGAGUUUGGGUUUAUUUUUGUUUCUGUUCCUAUUUCCUGAUCUUCUAAAACGGUGGGGAAUGGGGAAGUACACAAAUAGACGUGGAGAGAAAGCAAGCUUUGGCAAAAUUAGAGUUUUCCUUUUUCACUCUCCUCUAUUCUCCUUUUUUUUAUAUUUUACAGUCACUUGUCAGCGAAGAAGCAACCUAUCCAUUAGCACUUUCCCAUUGCCCCUGCAAGCUCGCAAUAAAGGGAAUAAAGAGAAAGCAAGAAAAAGAAGUGGAGGAGGAAGACUACGCCACGAGUCUCCACCUUCCUCCCCUCUCAAAUGACAAACAGAUUUGGUAUAACUGCAGGGGUGGCAGACAAGCCAGGAGUCACUUCCCCCUCUGUUUUCAUCCUCCCCUCUCUCUCUCUCUCUCUCUCUCCCUCUCCCUCCCAUCUCUGUUUCAAUUGGCCCUUUUUCUUACUCUAUUCCCAUCGCUGGCACCACGCCUCCCUCUCCGUGUUUACACUCUCUCCCCCAGCUGUAGUUAAUAAUAACUGGUUUGGCUCGGACGCGCGUGUUUUCGCUACCCUGCCCUCCUCUCCGAGCUCGCUGCCCUCUGGGUGGCCUGCCUGCCGUGGCGGCGGCACCUGGACCCUACCGAGCCGUAACCGAGGACGGAUGAUGGAACCGCGGACUAGCUGGAGUUCCUCACACACAUGCCUUUUACAUACCCAACUUAAAUGGAGGCUUUCAGUGGUUUUGUCAUGUUUACAAUUAUAUAUAAAUAUAUUAAGAAAAUCUAUGCGUAUAUAUAUUUUCCUUUGAGGAAAGGAGGGAAAGGAGUUUGUCUGUCUUAAUUUUGUUUUGGAAGGCAUGCCUUCGAGACACCAACCAUGUAAUCUGCACAGAUUUUAUUUCCUGUAUUUUUCACUUGGAGGCUCUCCAUGGACCUCCACCGUUGCGGCACUUGAGACCUGAGCUGGACUCCCACUUCCUGUGUCCAGUGAUGUCACUUCCUGCAUCCAAGCACACAUUACUGCAUGUUCACGCAGUAUCGGUCUGCAAAAGCAGCCGUGUGGUGCUGAAGCCACACUAACUGAAUGCAAAUAUCCUGUUUUAUAUUAGCCCAGUGACUGGUAGGACCAAUCAGAUGUCAGCUUCCACACUGCACAGUUCCUGUCACCAUAGAGAUUCUCUUCCUGUUGGUGACUGUGAGCAUGCAGGAUGGCCUUCACAUGCACUCAGAACCCAAGAGGCUAAAAAUGGGUUUGGACUGUGAACUAGUUGUUGGAAUUCUUUUUACUCAUGAAUUUUAUACAAGGAAAAGCUGUCUGGACUACGCAUUUUGUGCUAUGGAAAAAGUAAAAAAAAUCAGUGUGCUUCAAAAGAGUAUUAAAUGCUGGUUAACAGAAACAUAUACAAUCUUUUUUUGUAAAUAUUUUGUGCAACAGAAAUUGAAGCUCUGAUCAAAGUACAGUUUUAAUGAAUUGUGGUUCAACAAUAAAAGGCGAAACAUA